UAAAAUCCCUCCUCGGCUCCUCGUAUCUUUGCUAGGUGGCCGCCGCAGUACUCAGGCCAUCUCUCUCUCUCUCUCUCACCAUUUUAGAUAGAGAGAGAAAACCCAUAAACCCAAAAAUUUUGUAAACACAAAACGAUGUCAGCAAAGUGGCGAGCUUUACAACACAGACAUCGUUAUACAUACAGUGCCGUUAUAUUCCCUCAAUAUUACGUACAAAACUUAAAUCAAACAUCUUCCAGUCAUGUUUCUAACUGUAAGUCUUUUUACUCUCACUUGAAUCAAUUAGUCUCACUUAACUCUACUUAUGCUCAGCUUGCCCAUGUUAAAAAGCUAGCUCAAUCUUUCUCAGAAUUGAUUGCAUCAUCAAAUAGUGAUAAAGAUGGUAACUUCGUGUCUGUUGCUUCAAGAUUUUACAUGGAAAUACUUUUUCUUGAAAAUUCUUUGCCUUUACAUAAGACUUUACUUGGGGUUCUGGGGAAAGUUAAGAAUUUUCAUGGUGUUAUUGGGGAGUGUUUUAGAGUGCUCUGUGAGGAGUAUGGUGGGGAGAAUGGGAAAGGGAGGAGGUUUUGCGUGUCGAGGAGUGUUUUGUCUGUGAUGGGUUCGCCCAAGUUGGGGUAUUUGGCGGGGGUUGUGGAGGAAUGUGGGGUUUUGGUGGGGUUGGAUAUUGUGUCGGGUUUGAAAGGUGUGAUCUUGGAGACUAUUGACGGGUCUAGGCCUUCGCCUAUUGUUAUGGAACAAUGUCAAGAGAGUUUGUCUUGUAUGUACUACUUGCUUCAGAAGUUUCCCUCCAAGUUUAGUGACGGUGCCGAAGUGAAGGAUGAAAAUGGGGUUUUGGAGAUGAUUGUGACUGUAAUUUUGAGUCUUUUGAAAUCAUCCGCGUUUUCGAGGGAUUGCUUGGUUGCAGCUGGUGUCAGCUUUUGUGCUGCUUUACAAGUGUGUCUUAAGCCUGAUGAGCUUGGUUUGGCCAUAGUUCGAGGAAUAUUUUGUGAGAAUUUUGAUUAUGGUUCUGAUAGUGAAUUGAUAGAUGUGACUAAGAAGAUUGCAUAUGAGGGGAAUUUGUUUACUGAAAUCGAUGAAUUUCCCAUUUUAAAUAGAAUUUGCUUGAUAAGAGGAAUACUUACAGCUGUCUCAAGAACAGUACUGAAUACACCGUUUGUUGUACCCAAGGAUGGGUCGACGAGUUUUCAUACAAUUCUUUAUGAUGGGAUUUUACCAGAAUUGUGCAACUACUGUGAGAAUCCCAUUGAUAGUCAUUUCAACUUCCAUGCAUUGACAGUAAUGCAAAUCUGUUUACAGCAGGUAAAAACAUGUAUACAAGCUAAUCCCAGUGAACUGACUGAAAAUGAUGACCUGAUUUCAGAAGAGAUGGGAACUAGAAUUUUGAGGAUCAUAUGGAAUAAUCUAGAAGAUACACUAAGUCAAACAGUGAAGCAAGUUCAUCUUAUAUUUGAUCUCUUUUUAGACAUUCAGUCCAGCCUUAAUUGGGCUGAGGGUAGUGAUAGAAUCAAAAAAUUCCUGCGCAACAUUGCGUCUGACCUCCUUCGUCUGGGUCCACGUUGCAAGGGAAGAUAUGUUCCUCUAGCUUCCCUGACCAGAAGGUUGGGAGCAAUGACUAUUUUAGAUAUCAAUCCUGACCUGUUGUUUGAAACAUCAAGAGCGUAUGUUGAUGAUGAUGUCUGCUGUGCUGUCACUGCAUUUUUGAAGUGUUUUCUCGAGUGCUUACGUGAUGAGUGUUGGAGUAAAUAUGGUGUGGAAAGUGGGUAUAUAAGAUAUAGAUCUCAUUGCUUGCAUCCAUUUUUGUAUGGACUUGCUUCUGGAAUUCCAAAGCUCCGCUCAAAUCUAAACACCUAUGCUUUACCAGUGUUGCUUGAAGUAGAUGUGGAUAGCAUCUUUCCCAUGCUAUCAAUUUCGGUUGGUCAAUGUGGAGAAAGCGACAAGCUGCUCUUUCCUGACCUCGAUAUUGCACAUAGGAAACUUACAGUUGAACAACAAGUAGCUGUUUUAAUUUCAAUACUCAAGGUCUCUCGUUCACUUGCUUUGAUAGAAGGGGAUAUAGAUUGGUGUGAGUACACAUCAGUAUCCCAGGAAGACUUUGCUAAGAAGACUGAAAAAGAUAAUCGCUAUGCCACCGUGUGUGUGAAGGGUAUAAGUAUCAAAUUCCUGGUGACGUGGCUGAUAUUGGCUCUGACUCAUGUUGAUGAGUCACUCCGUGUAGAUGCAGCAGAAUCUUUGUUUUUAAACCCAAAGACAUCAAGCCUGCCAUCCUCUUUGGAGCUUAGCCUGAUGAAAGAAGCAGUGCUAUUAAAUAUGAGGUGUUGCUCAACGGCAUUUCAGAUGAAGUUGACUAGCUUGUUUAGGAAAUUCUUUUCUCGAGUUCGAACAGCACUGGAAAGACAAUUAAAGCAGGGAAUAUGGCGACCUGUUGCAUCAAAAGAUAAUAAAGAUAUCUAUCCUUGCAAAACAAUUGAUAAAUCUGUGACUGAUAGAGCAGAGGAUCUUUUCCAAUUUAUGAAGUGGUUGGGUAACUUCUUAUAUUUCUCAGUUUAUCCUUCGGCACCAUAUGAGCGGAAAAUAAUGGCAAUGGAUCUUAUGUUGAUAAUGAACAAUGCUUGGUCUAUUGUGCUUCCUUUGCAAGAUCAGUGUGAUCCCACCUCUUCUGAAACAGUUCUUAGUCCUUACAGUAAAGCAUUUACUUCACCUGAAUCUACCUUGCUCUUAGUUGGUUCAAUAGUUGACAGCUGGGAUCGGCUGAGAGAGAAUUCCUUCCGCAUAUUGUUGCACUUCCCUUCUCCACUUCCUGGAAUUUCAUCUCCAGAGAUGAUCCGGAGAGUGAUUAUAUGGGCCAAGAAAUUAGUUUGCAGUCCACGUGUUAGGGAAAGUGAUGCUGGAGCUUUGACGAUGCGGCUUAUGUUUAAAAUAUAUGUUUUGGAGCUCGGGUGGAUUAUAAAGGUCUCAUCCAAUCUAGUUUAUUUCCAUCCACGGUCCGAACUACUCAAUGGGGAUAAUCUAAAUGGUACAUGUAGCUCUGCUACAAUAGAAUAUGUAAACUCUCUGAUUGACUGGUUGCGUGUUGUUGUGGAGGUUGGAGAGAAGGACCUUUCUGAAGCUUGCAAGAAUAGCUUUGUUCAUGGGAUACUUCUUACUCUUCGUUAUACAUUUGAGGAAUUGGAUUGGAACUCCAGUGUAGUUUUAUGUAAUCUCCCUGAGAUGAAGCAUGCACUGGAGAAGCUCUUAGACCUAGUAAUGCGGAUAACCACAUUGGCUCUUUGGGUGGUUUCAGCAGAUGCUUUGCACUUGCCUGAGGACAUGGAUGAGAUGAUGGAUGAUGAUGUUCUUUUGUUGGAUGCUUCUGUGGAGAUGGAUGUAGCUGUCAAUGUGUUAGAAAACGAGGUUAAAAACCCAGAACUGACGAGGGUUGUUGGUCCAUCCGAACAGAUUGUAAUGGUUGGCUGCUGGCUCGCAAUGAAGGAGGUGAGCCUCCUGCUGGGAACCAUCAUAAGGAAAAUUCCAUUACUUACUUCCGAUAUGUCAAAGUCAGUGGUGCCAGUUUAUGAUGACACUGAUGCUGUAGAAGUGACUUCUUAUGUCAUGCUUGAUUUGAAGCAAUUGGAAAGGAUUGGAAACCAUUUUCUGGAUGUCCUUCUAAAAAUGAAGCAUAAUGGAGCUAUUGACAAGACAAGAGCGGGAUUUACUGCUCUUUGCAACCGUCUGCUUUGUUCAAACGAUCCAAGACUUGUCAAAUUAACGGAAUCUUGGAUGGAGCAACUAAUGGAAAGAAUAGUCGCCAAGGGACAAACCGUAGAUGACUUACUACGGAGAAGUGCAGGUAUUCCUGCUGCAUUCAUUGCUUUUUUUCUCUCGGAACCAGAAGGUACCCCAAAGAGGCUCCUCCCUAGGGCAUUAAGGUGGCUAAUAGACAUAGCUAAGAGACCUUUGCUUGAUGAAGAUGAAGCAGAGCCUUCUGCUAGCAACACAAACAACUAUUCUCUAGAAGAGUCUUGCCAAAAAACUUCAUCCACAGAGCCAUCUCACUUAUGUGAAAAUGACAGAAUUUCAAAGAAGCGUGAUGAAGGUGUAAUUCCCACUGUGCAUGCCUUCAAUGUCCUGAAAGCUGCUUUCAAUGACACCAAUUUAGCGACUGAUACAUCAGGUUUCAGUGCUGAAGCUUUGAUCACCUCAAUACGUUCUUUCUCUUCUUCGUACUGGGAGGUCAGAAAUAGUGCAUGCCUCGCAUUCACUGCCUUGAUUCGCCGCAUGAUUGGAUUUCUGAAUGUACACGUGCGAGCAUCUGGAAGGCGAGCAAUAACUGGACUGGAAUUUUUUCAUAGGUAUCCGUCAUUGCACCCGUUUUUAAUUGGUGAACUGAAAGUUGCAACUAGGCUGCUUAGUGGUAGUUCCGGAGAUUUAGGAUCCAACUUGGCUAGUGUUGUGCAUCCAAGCUUGUGGCCAAUGCUUAUUCUUUUGUCUCGUCUUAAGCCUUCUCCUGUGACAAGUGAAAUUGAUGAUCCACUUGACCCUUUCCUAUUUAUGCCAUUUAUAAGGAGGUGCUCGACUCAAAGCAAUUUACGUGUUCGUGUUCUUGCAGCAAAAUCUUUAAUGGGUCUGAUAUCUGAUGACAAGUUGCCAACAGUGCUGCUCAAUAUUGCCUCUGAACUACCUCGUAUAGGGAACCAAAUGGUUGUUUCUCCGGACUCAUUUGUUUCUUCCAACGUAACAAGUGGAACUGAUUCUUUUUCAUGUAAUUCAGUUCAUGGUAUGCUGUUACAGCUGAGCUCCCUGUUGGAUAACAAUUGUAGAAAUCUAACUGACUUUUCAAAAAGAGAUCAGAUACUUUAUGACCUGAUUCAAGUUCUGGAAUUGUGUUCUUGGAUCGGAAACCCUAGAUUAUGUCGUUGUCCUCUCCUCAAUGAAUGUUUCCUAAGGGUUUUAGAUAAUAUGCUCAGUAUUGCAAGGACAUGGCAUACAAGCCAAAGCAUGGGAGCUAUCUGGAAGCUCCUUUGGGAGUUAUCUUCACAGUGUUUAGAUUCGAAUGCAUCUCGUGGGGUGUCUUAUUAUGAUCCAACCAGUGCAGAACUACGCAAACAGGCAUCAUUUUCUUAUUUUAAUUGUGUUUUUCAGGCAUCCAAAGAUCCCCCUGAAGAUGAUAUUAAGAUGCCAAACAUGAGAUCUCCACCAUCGAUAUCCAUGUCAAUUGUUGGAUCUAAAAUGGAUGAUGCUUGUUUUGCUGACUUCCAUAAGAGACUGAUAUCCUCCAUGUCAGAUGAAUCAUAUGAAGUACGAAUUGCAACAUUUAAAUGGCUUCUUCAGUUCCUUAAGGCCUCAGAAUUUGCUAGUGAGCCAAGUGCACUGUCUUCUUACCAUAGUAGCAUAAUAAACUGGACAAAUGCUAAUCUCCAUGCAACACUGAUGAAUCUUUUAGCAGGGGAGAAGAAUCGUAGAUGUAUCUAUUACAUUCUGAAAAAUCUUUUCACUUGGAAUUCACUCAAAUAUCGGAAAUUAAACUGUCAACAAUGCAUGGGCAUGACAUUUGCUGGUAAUAUGGACACUAAUUCAUUGUUCCGGUUUUGGGACAAGUUGGUUGAUUUAUGCAAGCAAACAAGGCAUGCAAAGACUCGAGAAACUCUCGUCUGUUGUAUGGGAACAUGUGUAAAGAGGUUUGCGAAUAUGGUUACAAAUACUCUUCUACAGAACGUAGUUAAAAAAUCAGUUGAUCUUAUUGAGGCUGAUCAAUGUGAAAGUGUGUCCUACUUAUAUGGUUGCAUAAGUUAUUACAUCAACAUAAUCGAACAGUACAGUGACUCAUCACAGCCUGUUAACAUGCGGAGAGCAGCUUCAGAAUCGAUUAUUGCAUCUGGAUUGCUGGAUCAAGCUGUCCUUGUUGGUCCAUGGGUCUGUAACAAGCAAAUUCUGGUAGAUCAGUGUCCUGAGUUCGAAAUAAGAGAUGCUACCAACAUAUAUGCUCAUAAAAUAUUAAGUCUAUGGUUGACAUGCAUAACUCUUCUGGAGGAUGAGGAUAUCGGCCUCAGAAGCAAGCUUGCCAUGGAAGUCCAGAAAUCCUGUACUUCAACAACCUCGGAUAGAAACUUUCAGGCUACAGAGGUACCAAGCCAAGUGGACAAAGUAAUUCAUUUAUGUUUUGAUCAUCUGUCCUCUGUUUUUGGUCACUGGCUCAACUACUUUAGUUAUCUAGCUCAGUGGACUCUGAAAUCAGCAAAUAAUGUUGUCGGAUCUCAAGGGGAUCUUGUUAAACGAGUUUUUGACAAAGAGAUUGACAACCACCAUGAAGAGAAGUUGUUAAUAUGCCAGAUUUGUUGUUUCCAUUUAGAGAAGCUUCCAGUUUUAAAACCUUCGGCUACAGGUUUCUCUGAGAUGGCAAGUUUUUUGCAAGACUGGAGAAUGAAAUUUGGUCAACAGUUGAUAAUAUAUACCAACACUUAUAUCGGCAAUCAUGGAGGAACUGAGUGGAUUGGUGGUGUUGGUAACCACAAGGAUGCAUUUUUGCCUGUAUAUGUGAACCUACUUGCAUUUUAUUCCUUAUCAAAAUGCAUAUUCACCGGUGAUUAUUCGGACAAAGUGUCCCUUCUAUCCGAACUUGAAGAACUUGGAGGGGCUAUUAAACCAUUUCUCAGCAAUCCCUUUAUAAGUAAUCUGUAUUCUUUGGUGGUCAAGUCCCAUGAACACAUGAUCGGUGCAAAUGUCGGCUCUUUUUAUGAAAGGGAAGAUGAUUCCCUCUGGGUAGGUUUUGAUCCUUACUUCUUAAUAAGGUGAAGAAUAGUAAUACAUUUGACAUGGUAUACUAGGAUGGUCUAAUGCUUGUUUACUGCGAUUCAUGUUAUAUCUAUAUUAUAUUUACCAUUUUUCAUUUUUUA